GUAUCUUCAAAGAGAAUCUAUCGGCUUCCAAAAUAGAUUACAUAUUUUCAAAUAAUUUAAUUCUCAGUGCUAUUCUUUUCAAUAAAUUAAUUAUUUUUUGGGUAAGUUUCUGUGUAGAAAUAUAUGCUUGAGGAAAGGCUCUACUAUUACAUGUAAGUACGAGAGGACAAAAUAAUGAUAAGAGUAUCAAAGACCUUGCUUCAAUUUUCAACUCGUUCUUUAUUUACGCAGCCAGCACUGAAAAUGUCAGGAAGCGGAUUUAAAAUUUAUACAAAGACUGGUGACAAGGGACAGUCAUCUACGUUCACUGGCGAACGUAGAUCUAAAGAUGAUGAAGUAUUCGAAGCACUUGGCUCGAACGAUGAACUAUCAUCUCAUAUAGGUUAUUCAGCCGAAUUAUGGAAAAAUGCUGAUUUACCAAAUUUAGAAAGGUUGUAUAAGAUUCAGUGUUGCCUACAAGAUAUUGGAUCUAAUAUAGCGACACCUAAAUCAUCAGCUAGAGAGGCUCACUUAAAAAGAACAGAAUUUUCUGAAAUUCAUACAAAAGAAUUAGAAGAUUGGAUAGAUGAAAUGACAACCAUUUUACCUCCAUUAAAGAAUUUUAUCUUGCCAUCUGGAGGACUUUGUAGUUCUCAUCUACACAUCACUAGAACAAUUUGUAGAAGAGCGGAAAGAAGAUGUAUUCCUCUUAUGAAAGCUGGAGAGAUGGACAUGGAACCAGUUAAAUUUCUCAAUAGAUUAAGCGAUUUUCUAUUUACUGCGGCAAGAUUUGCAGCUUUUACUCAAAAUUAUGAAGAAAAAGUCUAUAUUAAACCUGUUACAAAGAAAUAA